AUGACAAACAUCAUACUUGAUACUUAUCCUCAAACCUGCUCACCAAGUGCUUUCCCAGGUACCCCCGGCAAUUUAACCAAGGAGCAGGAGGAAACCCUUUUGCAGUUCAGGUCGAUCUUGCUGAAGAGGAAUUGCAAGGAAAGAUUGGAUGAUUCUACACUGUUGCGAUUUUUAAGAGCAAGGAAGUUCAAUAUCAAUGCUAGUGUCGAAAUGUUUGUAGAAACAGAACGAUGGAGAGAAGAAUAUGGUGCCAACACUAUUAUCGAGGACUAUGAAAAUAACAAGGAAACAGAAGACAAAGAAAGAAUUAAGCUAGCCAAGAUGUACCCCCAGUACUACCACCAUGUUGAUAAGGAUGGAAGACCUUUAUAUUUUGAAGAACUUGGGGGGAUCAACCUAAAUAAAAUGUACAAGAUUACUACCGAGGAACACAUGUUAAGAAAUUUAGUUAAGGAAUAUGAAUUGUUUGCCAGGUAUCGGGUCCCAGCGUGUUCAAGAAGAGCUGGCUACUUGAUUGAGACUUCGUGUACAGUGUUGGAUUUGAAGGGGAUUUCGUUGUCAAAUGCGUACCAUGUUCUUUCUUACAUUAAAGAUGUUGCGGACAUCAGUCAAAACUAUUAUCCCGAGAGGAUAGGGAAGUUUUAUAUUAUACACAGUCCGUUUGGCUUCUCGACCAUGUUCAAGUUGGUCAAACCCUUCUUGGACCCCGUUACAGUGUCGAAAAUCUUCAUCCUUGGCUCUUCUUACAAAAAGGAGUUAUUGAAACAAAUACCUAUAGAGAACUUGCCUAUAAAGUAUGGUGGAACAUCCACCUUGCACAAUCCCAAUGACAGGUUCUACUAUUCUGAUAUUGGUCCCUGGAGAGACCCAGAAUAUAUUGGACCGGAAGGUGAAAUCCCCAACAUCUUUGGUAAAUUCACUGUUACCAACUAA